AUGAGUAAAAGUGAUAUCUUGCUUGAAGAUCGUUUCAAAUUAGAAGAAAUCAAGAAAGAAGAAAAGUUUUCUAAAGUAGAAAGAGUAGUUUUAGUCAGCGAUAAUAACAUUAAGAUUGAAAUCGAUAUUCAUACUGAUCUCUACUCAAUGAAGAAGGGAAAUCAAUAUUGGGUUAUGAUCACCUCCUCUUUAGGUAACUUCUAAGAAGACAAAGGUAUUUUUGUCUCAGAAGAAUUCGACAGAGAAAGCAUCAAGGAUAAGUUCGAAUACGUUAUGCAUGGCAAAAUAUACAAUAUGAAUUCUGACAACAAAGCUAAGACUGUGUCUAUUUUUGCUAGUUUUGGUGGUUUGCUUAUGAAGGUCAGUGGUAAAGAUGAAGAUCUUAAAAACUUCAACGUUGAUUCUAGAAUUUAUAUUUUGAUAAGACUUUCUUGA